AUGUUGCAAUCGGAGAUUCCUGGUGCGUCGCGCGAUUUUCUGCGUGCCUGUCACAGUGGAGACAUACAUAAAGUGAAAACUCUAGUUGAGAAACACGGAAUUCGCGAUUGGAGCGACUUUCGUUACGUGGCAUCCGGCGAUACUGCGUUGCACGUGGCCGCACGAGAGGGGUAUAUGAAUAUUGUGAGAUAUCUGUGCGAAGAAUUCAACAUGCCAGCAUUUAUGGUCGAUGUCACCAACAAAGACAUGAAAAGGCCAUUGCAUGAAGCUGCACAAUUUGCACAAGAAGAUAUUCUGAAGUAUUUACUGGGAAAGGGUGCAUUGGUAGAUGCUUUAAAGCGUGGCGACUGGACGCCUCUGAUGCUUGCAUGCACCAAAAGUGGUCCCGCAGCGCAACAAUGUAUCAGUGCCCUUUUAGCUGCUAAUGCUAACGCAUAUUUGCGCAAUAAAGAUGGCUGGACGCCAUUGCUCAUCGCUUGCCGAACUGGUGAUGAAAAUGUGAUCAAUAUGUUGUUAAAGCAUUUGCCGAAAUGUAUCGAUGAUCGAAGUAACAAUGGUCGUAGCGCGCUACACAUUGCUGCAUUUCACGGCCAUGAGAGAGUGAUUAACUUGCUUGUCGCAUCAAACGUAAAUCUUUUGAAUGCACAAGACUCUUCAGGUUCCUCGCCGCUUCAUGAAGCAAUGAAGCAUCGAAACCUGGAUGCGGUGAAGUGCAUCAUGUACUUGGGCGCUAACGUCAAUCUGAUAGACAACGUCGGUCAAACUAUUCUGCACAUUGCUGCAUUAACUGGCAAUGCGGAGGCUGUUGAGUACAUUUUGGAGCAUAAUCUAAUUGAUGUGAAUUACAGAGCUUCUUUUGGAAUCACACCGCUGAUAAUAGCUCGGAGAAGUAAUCAUAGCGAUGUUAUUGAAAUUCUUAUUAGAUAUGGCGCCAAAGAAUAA